GAAGUGAAACACGAAUGGUGGUGUCCUUGAAACUUUUUUGUGUUUUAGCAUAGACCGUAGUUUUUAGGAACACGGAGUACUUAGGCGGAAUUUAGUCACAAGACACCAGUGGUUUCAUGUGCUGUCGCGUGAUAUCACCAGUAUUCCUGGUGCUUGUCAUCAGGCUACUGUGGGGGGAGCAUUGGUAUAGGUUAUUAACUUCGCAGGAAUGCCUCCCCUGGUUCUCCUGUUUCUGUGGCUUGGUGGGAGUGCUCUGGGAGCCCGGCAGAGCCCGCUCCCCCGCUUGACCCAGUUACCCUUCAUCACUGUGUGGAACGCCCCUACUGAGCCCUGCUUUUCCAAGUACAAAGUGGAACUGGACCUCACUGUGUUCGAUAUUGUGAUAAACCAGGACCAGAGCUUCAUGGGAAAUAACAUAACCAUCUUCUAUGAGAGCAAGCUGGGCCACUACCCCUACUACACUGUCAGGAGGGAGGCUGUCAACGGGGGUGUGCCACAGAACUCCAGCCUGCAGCAGCACCUCAAUGCCACCCAGGCCAACAUUGUGGCAGCCAUCCCUUCAGCUGACUUCCAGGGGCUGGUCGUAGUGGACUGGGAGAGCUGGCGGCCCCUGUGGGCUCGAAACUGGGACACUAAACGGGUGUACUGGGAGGGGUCUCAGGCGCUGGUCCGGGCCAAACACCCAGACUGGACCCCGGCCCAGGUGGAAAAUGAAGCCCAAAAAGAGUUUCAGAGAGCAGGCCGGGCGUUUAUGGAGGGCACCCUUGGGCUGGGCCGCAAUGUGAGACCAGGGGGCCUAUGGGGUUUCUAUGGCUUCCCUGGCUGUUACAACUACCAGUACAAGAACGCCACAGCCAACUACACUGGGGCGUGCCCCGAGCUGGAGAUGAAGAGGAACGAUGAGCUGACCUGGCUGUGGAACGCCAGCUCUGCCCUCUACCCAGACAUUUACCUGGAGCUGAGUUUGCGUGGCAGGGGAGAUGUCAUCCGCCGCUAUGCCCAACAUCGCAUUCUGGAGGCUAUGCGGGUAGCUGGGCAAGUCAAACCCAAUGCCCUUCCAGUACUGCCUUAUGCUCGCAUAGCCUACACCUACUCAUUGGAGUUCCUUUCCGAGGAGGACUUGGUGCACACACUUGGGGAGAGCAUAGCUCUUGGGGCAGCAGGAGUUGUGCUGUGGGGAGAUGCAACUUUUUCCAAAUCAAAGGGUGCAUGUCUGGCACUGAAAGACUACAUGGAUGGGACACUGGGGCGCUACGUGGUCAAUGUGACGACAGCAGCCGCUAUCUGUAGCGACGUGCUGUGCUCGGGUCAAGGCCGGUGCCGGAGGACUGACCCCUCCUCUGCUGCCUUCCUCCACCUGGACCCCCGGGACUGGAGAGUGCUGUUCACCCCAGGCCCACGGGGGGCGCCCCGCUACAGCACGCGUGGGCAGCUCAGCAAGCGGGCCGUGCGCUACAUGCUAAGCUCUUUUGAAUGCCAGUGUUACCCAGGCUGGGCUGGUGAGCAUUGUGAAAAGCCCACCUGAGUCUCUACCCCAGUCCACACCAAUUGACCCAUGAAUCAAGAUCCGGCCAUGUGACUUGACUAUUACAAUCACUUGAACACAAGAACUGCAGUUCCACCUUGAUUGCACCUGUAUGGAGUGGAUUUGCUAAUAUUAUUAGUACAAACGCUGUUAUUUUUUAUAUAUUUUUACUAAAACGGAUUAAUAUUUGGUAACAUUUCCAGCACUUUACACAAGAAUUUAUAGCUGACGUGGCUGCAGGAAAUCUCCAUUUUGAGAUGGAAAAACAGCUCUAGAGUAUGGCCCACUUGGAGAAAGUUUCAUGCACCCAAAGACUCAAUCUAGACCAGCAUAAACCCAGUAAUUUGGAACACAUAGGAGUUCCACAAAGGGAAUUUCUGCUCUGUCUUUUCUGGUAAUUCUUUUUCAUUGGUUAGGUUUUACCAAAUGCUAAAACCACUGAGUCCUUAAUGAGAGACUUGACCGUGACUGUCAGAGAGCUAUUUCCAGCUGGAUGAAGUGACCAGUCCUUGAUUGGUGUUGCCUGUCCUCAUUUUGGGUGUGUUUAUGCAUCCCCAAUACACUACAGUAUGGACAGCUUGGACAGCUCUCGAUGUGACACAGAUGAACAGACACAGAACCACACGCGACUGCUGACUUCUGUGGGCUUCAUUUAUAAACCAUCUGGCUCACAAUGGUAGUGUAUAUCCCAUAGUAUAUUCAUAUUCUUUUCAGCAAUUGCGAAGGCCAGCUGGCUUCAUGUGUCUACUGUUAUGGAGUGUUAUGACAAAAUGGGCAUCAUGCAUUUACAGAUUUUUUCGUGAAACUCAUUACAUAUUUUGGCGAGAAUUGUUUAGCUGUGAUUUUAGUUACGACACUCAAGUUACCUUACAAGUCACUCAGUCACACACUUGAGCUACAAUAGGCCGGGACCACAGGUUUCGAGAAAGAUUCAGACACACACACACAAACACACACACACACACACACACACACACACACACACACAAAAAAAGCUGCCUCUGUCAACCGCUCUUAAUAAAGUGAAGCUUGAGUACCUUGAUUAAUGCUACAGUAGUGGAUCCAUUGAAUUAAUUCUAGGUGAUAGUUAUGGAGUUUUGUAUAAAUUGUGUUUUGAAUGUUAUAGUCAUCUUGGUUAUAAUCAUCUCUAAUAUGUUUGCUCAUUUGAGUGGCUAGGUCAUAAAAUUGGUCAUUGUGAUA